UUGACAUAUGUCAAAAUCAAAUAUUUUCCCUUUUGUAGGUUAUUGUUUAGUCAUUAGUCGACAUUACUUAUUUUUGCCGUUACCAGCUCUUUUACCGAGGUGUGAAUAAAAUCUAAGAAAACAAUGAGUUUGCAUUAAUUAAAGGAAUUAAAAAUGGUGAAAUUGACCUUCAAUAAUUUCCUAACAAAAGGGGAUCCGCAGGAAACACCUGUUCUUAUUAUCGGUCGCUUAACCAAUCUGUUACGCAUUAAAUAUCAAGAUAUCAAGUGCAAGUUGGAACCAAGAGUUACCGAGGAUGUUUUUAAAACGGCUAUAUACAGUCUACAUCCAUCACCUACUGAUACAUGCUCUUUGUACUUAAAUUUGGCAACGGUGGCUGCAUUGCCUACCAAGUGUAGCAGACAUAAUACACCUUCUAGAUCGCAUGCCAUUACUCGUCUGGUGCAAAAUUGUAGUGUUGGAGUUAAUGAGAGCGUAGUGAUUGUGUGCGAAAAAUCUGAUGUAUUUGCAAGCGGUUGCGCUGUCGCACGAGCGUUUCCACUGUACAGCAAAAAGACUCUAGCAGUGAGUAACGAAAACAUUACGGUUUCUGUGGAGUUUGUAAUUGUACCAUCCACAAAUGGUAAAGAAGUGGAAGAACAUGUGCAGAUGGGAGAGGUAACAGAUGAAGAACUAAAAGCUCUAGAACAUGCUGCGUAUGGUAUAGCUUUGACGGCACGCAUUGUGGAUACACCCUGUAAUGAAAUGAAUGUGGAUUACUUCAUUCAGGAAGUGGACGCUAUUGGGAACUUAUUACAUAUCCAACCGGUAAUUAUACGGGGUGAAGAAUUGGCAGAACGAGGCUUUGGCGGAAUCUACGGGGUGGGCAACGCUGCAUUAGUGCCGCCCGCUUUGGUUGUAUUAAGUUACACACCUCCGUGUGCUACAACUACAAUUGCUUGGGUCGGAAAAGGAAUCGUCUACGAUACAGGGGGUUUGAGUAUUAAGGGGAAGACUGCAAUGCCAGGAAUGAAACGGGACUGUGGAGGUGCGGCUGCCAUUCUUGGAGCUUUUUAUACCGCUGUCAAGUCCAACUUCACAGAAAAUCUUCACGCAAUUUUUUGCUUAGCUGAAAAUUCUGUGGGUCCAUCAGCUACAAGACCGGAUGAUAUUCACACGUUAUACUCUGGGCGAACUGUCGAGAUAAAUAACACAGAUGCUGAGGGACGCUUGGUUCUUGCAGAUGGUGUCGUUUAUGCACAUCGUGACUUAAAGGCCAACAUAAUCCUAGACAUGGCCACUUUAACUAGUGCACAGGGAGUGGCCACAGGAAAAUAUCAUGGCGCAAUUUUGUCCAAUAACGAGGAUUGGGAACAAUUUUGCAUGCAAGCCGGACAAGUUUCGGGAGACUUGCUGUUCCCAAUUCCUUAUUGCCCGGAGCUGCAUUUUUCUGAAUUCGCUUCAGCUGUGGCAGACAUGAAAAAUUCUGUAGCUGACCGUAGUAACGCUCAGUCCAGUUGUGCCGGGUUAUUCAUAGGGGCACAUUUAGGUUUCGAUUAUCCAGGAGUGUGGGUUCACGUUGAUAUGGCAUUACCUGUGUACAGUGGAGAAAGAGCGACCGGUUAUGGAGUUGCUUUACUAACAACAUUAUUUGGUAGUUAUUGCAAGCAGCCGUUACUUAAUUUUAUUGCUCCAGAAGUUGAUGUUAAGGAAGGGGUGCCAAAGAAGUCUCGAAAAAAUUGAUGUAUCUUACGGUACAUUUAUGUGAACGUUGCAUUAAUAUUUUGCAUGUUUUAUGUGGUCAUAAAGAUCCGUACAUUUUUUCGAGGGGAGCCAAGAUUUUGUAAACAUUAAAAAAUAAAACUUUUCUUUGAA